CUACCGCCACCUAUUAUCGCCACCCACUGUACUAUAUUAUAGGCUCCCUGGAUCAGCCAGAGAGAAGAUGGAAUGGAACAAGAUCUUCAACCAAAUCACCUUCAUCAUUAGAAGUGCAAUACUUCUGACAGAAGCAACUGUUGGAAUGUGGGCCUCAGAAGGAUUAGGCAAAGGAUUAGGCAGAGGAUUUGCAGCCUACUUCGCCACCUAUUUUGCCACCACAAUUGUCACGGUCGCCACAGGGCUCAUGUGACAGGAUUGAUUCUAUUGGCUGCAUUGUGCUUAGGGUGUGGUCUGUGCGCACUGAGCACUACUACCUAUUUCUCCGCGCCCUGCGCGGACCCGGCGAUAGAUUCCUUUCUCUUCCUUAGCUUU